GCAAGUACCACUCUUGGCAUCAGCAAAUUUCCCAGACAAAACACAGCCCACACCAUACAUAUAAAGAUGGCCAAACAAGUUCUCUCCCUUUCACUUCUACUUGUUUUUCUCUUCCACUGCACCACAACUUCAGGCCAGCCAGCUCAGGCCCCGACGCUGCCUGCAGUGGCUCCAGCUGCACCUGCCAAUGCUCCGGCCCCACCCGGCCCCCCUGACGUCACCAAAAUCCUCCAAAAAGUCGGAGGGUUCACGAUCCUAAUCCGCCUCUUAAAGAGCACCGGAGUGGCUGACCAACUCAGAGGGCAGCUCAACGAUUCAAGCAUUCGUUUCACUCUUUUUGCUCCAAACGAUAACGCAUUUUCCAACCUCAAAGCUGGCACUCUAAACUCUCUUAAUAACGAAGAAAAGGUCAGGCUUAUACAGUUUCAUAUCUUGCCGACUUAUUAUACUUUGGAAAACUUCCAAACUGUGAGCAACCCAGUACGAACACAAGCGGGAGAUAACAAACCUGGUGAUUACCCACUAAAUGUGACCAGUGUUGGAAGCCAAGUAAUCAUUUCGACUGGCCUUGUCAAUGCUUCAGUGAGUGGUACUCUUUAUUCGAAUUUUCAACUUGCUAUAUAUCAAGUAGACAAAGUUCUUCUUCCUCUUGACCUUUUUGUUGCAAAGCCUCCAUCACCAGCUCCAGCACCAGCCCCAACCAAGCCCAAGCCAAAGAAGACUACGGCAGCAGCCAGUCCAGAGACGAGUACUACUGCAACUCCUACAGUGGUUAAUUCUGGUGCAGUGAGUCUCGCAACCCAUGGAAUAUUGGUGUCGCUUGGAGUUGCGGUUUUAAUCGCAACAUUCUCUUUGUGAUACCAAAAAGGGGACGAUAUAUGCAUCAGCUGGAUAUGUUUUGGGGUAUAAAUUAUCUACUACUUUAUGAUUUUGCUGAGUUGGUUUGAACCCUGAUCAUUGUCACCGAGUGCUUGUAUACUAUUAAGGUUGAUUGUAUGCUUUUUAUUUUCCCCUUAAUAAAUACUUUUUUCUGUA